AAUGCUCAAGGUGCCACCUCUCCCUACUGCAUUCCUGCCCCGGGCUUGGAGCCUUACAACAGCUUCCUUUUUUAUUGCGAGAGAUUUGUAAUACCGCUGAGUCUAGUUCCAUAGUUUCGUGUGGGACUCUUUCAUAAUUGCUGGAUUCUUUCGGCGCUGCGGACAUGGGAGGCAGAGAGGAGGUCAUGGUGACCAGGCCACUUGGAGCCACCAUGCAGUUUUCACGCAACCGGUUCAACAAUUUCAGGAUGCGUCCGUCACAGAACCCGAUGAGGAGCAGAUACUUAAAGAGUUCCUCGCAAAAGAAGAUAUCCAGAGACCCCAGCCCCACCGAGAUGAGCGUGGAGCCCUGGGUCAGCCCGCAGCAUCAGGCCGCCGCUGAGCACCGUCCACGCACGCCGCCCUCACCACCUUUCCAGGAUCAGGAUCAGGAUCAGGAGCAGCAUCCGGACCAAGUCUGCGUGGACUCCUACUUCACUGAGCUGGAAACCAUUCGGCAGGGGAGUGGCUACACAGAACUUGACAUUGCCAGGAGGGAUUCCAGACAAUCAGAAGAGGGGGAGCAAGAGGAGCAGUGGCUAGCCGACGCCGGUCUGUCCACCCUCAUUAGUGAGGACAGCGAGGAUGUGGACAACCUGCUUCUGAUGUCCACCUUAACACGCACUCAGGCGGAGGCAGUCCAGCGUAGAGUGGAUUCGUACACAAAGUCUCUGCGCAAGAGAAACAAGACGGCUCCGCCGCACAUUCGCGACGUCUUCAGUCAGCAGAACUUGAGUCUGCCUGACUCUCAGCCUGGUGAAGAAUCGGCCCAAAACAACAUGGCAUCAGCCUCCAAAGCCAGUCUGUCAGUUGUGACCCCAGAACACCAGCGAAGCGCUGUUAAAGAAGAAGAGUUCAAAACUGACGUGGCUUACUGUGAACAGGCCAAACUGAACAAACUUGCUCACAGCAACAUCCAGUGGAGGAGAGAGGACAGCACCCUGCCGCGGGUGAUCUGCCCCAAGUGCCGUCUAGGAGUCACUCGAGUCCAAGAUCUGUCCCACGGCGACAUGAAGAAGGUGCGGCAGUUGGCUCUCAUCGACAUGACGGCACUGUGCGACCUCCUCGAGCUGGAGGUCAAGCGACACAAGACGUCCAAGAGGAAAAUGGCAGAGAGCUCAUUGUUUGGUGUGCCGCUGGCUACGCUGCUGGAGAACGACCAGAAAGUUGCGCCCAACACCGCCACUCCUCGCUUCCUGCAAGAGCUUUUGACCUUUUUGGAGAAGCGGGUGGAUUCAGAGGGGAUCCUGCGGGUUCCAGGGUCUCAGUCCAGAAUCAAGCUGCUGCAGCAGAACCUAGAGGCCAGCUUCUACUCAGGUCAGUUUCGGUGGGAUGAAGUGAGUCCAAACGACGCUGCCGCGCUUCUGAAGAAAUUCAUCCGAGAACUUCCUGCUCCUCUGCUCACCGCCGAGUACCUCAACACCUUCAGUGCCGUCAGAGACAUCACUGAUCUGAAGCAGAAACUUCACAUGUUGAACUUGCUCAUCCUGCUGCUGCCCGAGUCCAACAGGAACACCCUGAAGGCUCUCCUGGAGUUCCUCAGCAAGGUGGUGUCCCGGGAGAAGAGGAACAGGAUGAACCUGUGGGCUGUAGCGACCAUCAUGGCUCCCAACCUGUUCCUCCACAAGGCCGUGCCCAGCAGGCUGACAGAGGCGGCCGGAAUAGGCCAGGUGGAGAAGGCCGCCGACGUCAUGAGGCUCCUCAUCCGCUAUCAGGACCUGCUGUGGAGGAUCCCAAUUUUUGUCAUGAGCCAGGUGCGAAAGCUGAACGAGCACAGCGGCAAGCGUUACCAGUUUUACGACCGCCGCUUCAAGAACCUGCUGAAGAAGAUCCACACGGAUAGUCGGGAAAAAGCUGAUAAAAACAUCUCAGAGGUGCGGCGCACAGUCAAGGUCCACAUCGGGGAUCAGGUGAAGGGCACUAUGGAGUUGCACAUUGACAGCGGCUCCAGAGCGUCAGACGUGCUAAACCACUUUUACCAGCAGUUCCUACGCAGCCCUGAAAACGGCAAGGGCCAACGGCGAAGGAAUGGCUCCGUGUCUUUCUCGGACUGCGCCCUGUACGAGGUGGGAGGAAAUAUCGGCGAGCACCGUCUGGACCCCGACACCCACCUACUAGAUCUAUACAAGAGCAAUUCGGGAGGGGAGUGGCUAAUCAAGCUGAAGGCCAAUGGCAGCAGAGGAAUGUGACAUGGAGGCCAUGGAUGGAUGAUGGAUGGAUGGAUGGAUGGGGCAUCAUGGAGUCAUUUCAUGGUGACAUCAACAGGACAGAAGAUGGAGGAUGAAGAAUCUUCCAGUAGGAGCAUCUUCAAAUGAAAUCUGCACCCCUCCAUCUCCUGCAGGCCUUGUGGCCCGUCAGUCGUGUGACUCAUGACUUCCUGCUGACAAAAGGAGAGAGGGAGGACACAUGGCCAAUCAUGGCCAGUGGAAUGGAGCAGAUGGCCAUGCAGAGCACCUCUGGCCAUGCACACACACGCACACACACACACACACACACAAGCUUCAAUGCACUUUAUUUUAACAAGAGGACGUGGGCAUUGUGGACAGUUUUGUGCCUUGCUCAAGGACCCUAAAGACAUCUACCCAUUUUUGGUGGCUCUUUUGCCUUCGGACUAGUGACUACUUGAGUUAACAUAGCAAAGAAGACAAGAUUCUGCUUAUAGAACAGGUGUGUCCAAAGUCCUUUUUUCAAAAAUUAUUCAUAUUCAGGGGCGUGGCCCUGCGAUUGGCUGGCAACCAGUCCAGGGUGUAGCCCGCCUCAUGACCAAGGUAAGCUGGGAUAGGCUCCAGCAUACCCCUAGUGAGGACAAGCGGCAUAGAAAAUGGAUGGAUGGAUGUUCAGGGGUGUCAAACCGGUUUUCACCGUGGGCCACAUGGCAGUUAUGGUCACCAUGUAGCUGUGAAGUCAUAUUCACGUAUAAUCACCUCGUGAUAUUAUGACACACUUGAUUAUUAGCGUUUUCACUUUGGACCAACAAACUUACAUUAAAAGAUGUCAAGUUGAUUUGAGUAAGAAGCUAUGGUAUAAUUCCAAUAAUCAUCAUUUUAGCAAUCAUAAUUAUUAUAUUAAUUUAUAAUAAUAAUAAUAAAACAAGAAUUUUAAAUUGGAUUUGGCAACAAAAAAAUUGUCACAUAGAGCAAGAAAAAUUGCUCCCCCCCCCCCCCCCCCCAAAUUUUUGUAUUAUUUUGUGCUUAAUAUAAUGUAUAUUUAAAUAAGUAAUUAAAUAAAUAAAAUCCCAAAAUAUAUAGAUAUAGAACUAUAUAAAAUAUAUAAUUAUAUAAAUAUAUAACUAUUCAAAAGGUUAAAUUUUUUUUUAAAUAUAUAUAAACAAUAUUUUUCAAACUAAUAAUAAAACGCGCAUUCGCAGGCCACAUCAAAUGAUUUGGUGCACCAAAUCCAGCCUCUGGGCCUUGAGUUUGACACCUGUGUUCAUAUUCUAAACAUGGCCUCACCGCCGAACCAUUUCAAACUAUUUGCUUUGUCACCUUCAACACAAAAGCGGGAUGUCGGCUGUUUUUUUCCCCUUGAAAUAUAUUUGCACCAGCACGGAACUGUUAGUAAGUAUUGUAAACAGUAAAUAUUGUUUGUUUUUGUUGGACUGUUUGGACACCCCUGGUCUAGAUGAAGUCCAUGAAUCAUCUUUGUACAAGUGCUGGCUUUUAUUAGUGUGUGUGUGUGUGUGUGUGUGCGUGUGUGUGUGUGUGUGCCAUUCAAAGAGAUCUGCUGAUGGCUAUCUCCUUAUCAGCACUCUCACGGGCCUUAUAAACAACAAAAGACGUCUCUAACCUGUGCACCAUGGAGCACAAAGGCGCUUCCUGUCAUCUAACGCCAUGUCACCUCCUCAAGGACACAAAGCGCUGAAGCUGGUCUUCAUUUGUGCAACAUUUCUAUGAAUGUUUACACAUCUUCAUGUACAUAUUUAUGAUAGCGCUACAAUGUGUGCGUGUGUGUGUGUGCCACCAUGUUGGUGUCAUCGGCGCCAUUUUGUGGCGACAUCCGUCACGCUGUCAUGUGGCCUUAAUGGAGCGUAAUGGCCGCCGGUUGCAGCGAGGCAUCUCUCUGAUAAAGGGGAAGCUAUAAAUAGCUGUUAUCAAUUCUGGCUCCCCCUUGCUUCAUGACAGCAGUGUAUAUACGCGUGUGUAUGUGUGCAUGCAUGUGUGUGAUGAGCUUCAUUACGCUGAGUCCAAUUGGGCCGUCCCACGCCGCCACAGUUGAGUGGCUGCGUACAAAGGCGAGCUGAUGGAGCGACCUUCUGCCAACACUCAGGAGAAGUAGGUCACCUCUGAGGUGGCAUCCCACAGGGCUCAUCGCUAUACAUGCUGCCAUCUUUGUUUACUUCUACUGUAUACAUAUACGUGUCCAAUACGAUGUUUUGUAGAAUGACAUAUUUCAGCUUUUUUACAAGGGCUUUUAGAAGAUUUGUUGUCUCUGUCAAUAAAUGUGAUUCUCAUGUUAGGCAAGAUGUAUUCUUUUCAAUAUGGCGUCAAGAUGGAAUCACUCGGGAGGAACAUUCAUCAUUUACAUCUACACACAAAGGCAGCAAUGACAGACAACAAAUGGAUGUAUCGCAAUCUUUGCUCAGAACUGUUAUUGUUUUUUCAUAGCACAAUAAUCCCUCGUUGAUGCUGUUUAGUUGGUUCCACACCCGACUGCCAUACGCAAAGUAGAAUUCCUUAUUUAUAAAUGGAAUAUUUUUGUAAGUAGAGCAUAGAAAACCUGUUUACAACCUUCUAAAUGCAGUUUUUAACAUUAUCAGAGCCCUCUAGACAUGAAAUACCACCCCAUAGUCACCUUUACACUCCUAUUACCAAUAUAGUAGACAUAAUAACAGAAAAUAAGACUUGUGCUUGUGUGCGUUGCUGUAAAUGUGUGUGAGCUGAGUUGGGGGGCGGACAGGAAGUGACAUCGGGGGUUCAGCGUUGAGUUUUAGGUUGGUGUGAGUUACAGCCGCAACAGUAGCCCGUGUUAGGGAUUAUUGUGCUUGUGAGAUCAUUCAAAGCUGCAAUAAAAGCCUGUUGUUGCAGCAAUCAAGUUGGGCACCGAGUCUCACCCAACAUUACAGUAACGUUACUGACACCUAGUGACCAGUGUAGAAUACUACAUAUCAUCACAAUGUGUUUGAAUGCAUCUUCUGAAUGCCCUAUAUUUGUAUUUUACUUCAUUUGUGCAAACAAUGUGGAACAUUUGCUUAAAUUUGCGUAUUUUUGACUAAUAAUAAGCCGUAUUCAACCGCAAAACAGCAUGAUUUAUUUAUUAACAUAUUUUGGAAAAACAGUGAAGCACUCCGGUUUCCUCUCACAUUCCAAAAACAUGCAUGUUAGGUUAAUUAAUUGGCGACUCUAAAUUGUCCAUAGGUAUGAAUGUGAGUAUGAAUGGUUGUUUGUCUAUAUGUGCCCUGCCAUUGGCUGACGACCAGUCUAGGGUGUACCCCGCCUGUCCCCCAAAGUCAAAUGAUUAACCAUUUUAAUCAAA